AUGGGGUCUGGCAACGGAGCAACGGCUUCUUCUUCGCAAACCGUGGACAUGUCUGUAGCAGGUCUUCGCAAAAGGCAUCAGCAGGAACUAGAUAAUCUGACACUGAUUGCACAACCCUUCAAAACAUUGAAGUUUUUUGUUUUAGCUAUGGUUCAAUAUUGCAAGACAUCAGUAUUCUACCUUUUGGCUAAAGGUGGUUGGCUAAUGCUAUUAAGCGCAGUGGUGGCAGCUGUUGGAAUUGUGCUUGUGACCAUUGAUGGCCCUCAUGAAAAGCAUGUUGAGGAACUUUCUCAUUAUUUGCGAUUUGGAUUGUGGUGGAUUGCCCUUGGUGUUGCAUCAUCAAUCGGUCUUGGAUCUGGUUUGCAUACUUUUGUUCUUUAUUUGGGUCCUCACAUUGCCUUGUUCACGAUUAAGGCAAUGCAAUGCGGCCGAGUUGAUUUAAAAAGUGCUCCAUAUGAUACAAUACAGCUGAAAAGAGGUCCUUCAUGGCUUGACAAAGAUUGCCAGGAGUUUGGGGACCCAGUGUUUCAAUUCUCAGAUGGACUGCGGGUUCCACUCAGCAGCAUAUUGUUCCAGGUCCAGAUAGAGGCUAUUUUGUGGGGCGUUGGGACUGCACUUGGGGAGCUUCCUCCUUAUUUUAUCUCAAGGGCAGCAUGUAUGUCAGGUAGCAAAUUGGAGGCCAUGGAAGAAUUUGAUGCUUCUGCGGAUGAAAAUAGUGGAAUAAUAGCUACUUACCUCAGAAGAAUCAAACGUUGGCUUCUGACCCACUCUCAACAUUUGAACUUCUUCACAAUUUUAGUGCUUGCUUCGGUGCCAAAUCCUCUAUUUGACCUUGCUGGCAUUAUGUGUGGACAAUUCGGGGUUCCAUUUUGGAAGUUCUUUCUAGCAACAUUGAUUGGAAAAGCAAUUGUUAAAACUCACAUACAGACGGUUUUCAUUAUUUCUGUUUGCAACAAUCAACUUCUUAACUGGAUAGAGAAUGAGUUGAUCUGGGUACUCAGCCUUAUACCUACUUUCGCUUCUGCAUUGCCUGACCUCACAGCAAAACUCCAUGCAAUGAAAGAAAAAUAUAUGGCACUUGCAUCUCCUGUGUCCUCAGAUAUGAAGGUCAAAAAAUGGGAUUUCUCAUUUGCUGGAUUGUGGAACACUGUUAGGUAUCGGAAAAAACAGCAGGAAAUGGAGCUAGCUGCAUUGACAAAUUGUUCAUCAGCGUCGACACAUUCAGAUUAG